UGAGAAGCGCUCUUGCUCUCUUCCCGUCGACUACCAGGCUAAUGAAAAGUGCUAGCGACACGGAGCCCACCAUUGGCUGUCCCGACUGCCGAGGCUGGGAGGCAGUGGCGACAGGGAAGGAGCCGGACCGACGGACCUGUUGGAGGAAAUACCGAGAGAGCGCCAGAAACCCGUACGAAAACUCGGGAAUAUAAAGCUUUUAUUUGAGGAUUGCACUUCCCAAACGGAUCAAAACGUCGCUAACGUUCAAUGUUAGCUGGAAGUUUUCGAGUCGAGCACUGAUGUGGUGACGCGACUCCACCGAAUCGACGGGAAGCUAACGUUAGCUGAUAGAUUAAUCAUUUCAGCAGAGCUUUGGAGACAUAUUUCAGGAUUUUUAAACUCGUUUUAGUGUUUUCGUAAUAAUGUAAGAUACAUAGCUAUGAGAUAUUAUAUCAUGUCUACUUUUAUAUGGAAUACAGCGUAUCCUUAGACAACUACCUGACGUUAUCUUAGCUAAGUUAGUAUAUGAAACUAGCAAGCGUUAGCUACCUAGCUGGCUAGUAGCUAACGUUGGCUAGCUGUCGACUUUAAACUGACUUCAAGCCAAAGAAUUCUGCUUCAAAUUAGCUAACGCUAGCAAGGCUACAACUGUUUCCACGUCACCUCAUCACACAUCUACCUGUUGUGAAAUGUUAUUAUUGGCGAGUUGACCUUUUAUUUUCAAAGAUGGACGUUUGUUUUGAAAAGCAAAGAUAGACACUUUACUUCCAAAUCUAAAUAUGCAAUCAUCGAAUCACCAGCUUACUUAAUGCUAGCUUGCUAACGUUGAGUUAGCCGGCCAAACUUGGAAUACUGCCCCCUGCUCACUUGAUGUGGGUUUCGCUUUGAGGCCUUUAGGAAAUUAUCCCUUUUUUUCCUCCGAGAAGACCCUUUUCACAGCCUUAAUGCAUCCCAGCCUCUGAAUGGUAUUUAUAUUCUGAAUCGCCUCUGGAUAUUUGUGAGAAUUGCCAACGUUGUUGUAAACAGUUGGAGUAUCUGGAGUUUGUUGACAAUAACGUGGAUUACAAAGGCAGUUGGAAUAACGAUAAUCUUUAAAGAUGAUGUGCGAGGUGAUGCCCACCAUCAGUGAGGCCGAAGGGGGAGGCGGCAGUGGUCGUCGAGGCUCUGGCUCCCCAUUGCAGUCGGACUCAGAAGGUCACUUUGAGUCGCUGAUGGUGUCCAUGCUGGAGGAGAGGGAUCGUCUUCUUGAGACUCUGCGAGAGACGCAGGAGAAUCUGGGCUUGACUCAGGGCAAACUUCAUGAAGUCAGUCAUGAAAGAGACUCACUGCAGCGACAGCUUAACACUGCAUUGCCACAGGAGUUUGCUGCACUAACAAAGGAGGUGAACGUGUGCCGGGAGCACCUUCUGGAGAAGGAGGAGGAGAUUGCAGAGCUCAAGGCAGAGAGAAACAACACACGGCUCCUGUUGGAGCACUUGGAGUGCCUGGUGUCUCGCCAUGAGCGUAGUCUGAGGAUGACGGUGGUAAAGAGACAGGCUCAGUCUCCCGCGGGAGUCUCGAGUGAAGUGGAGGUCCUCAAAGCCCUUAAGUCACUUUUUGAACACCACAAAGCCCUCGAUGAGAAGGUGAGGGAGCGACUGCGCGUUGCCUUGGAAAGAUGCAGCGCAUUGGAGGAACAGCUCACCCUCUCGCACAAAGAAUUGGCUUACCUCAGGGAGCAGAGCAGCCAGAAGAGAGGGAUGGCAGAUGGAACCAGCGAGGUCAACCACAACUCUGAAAACACACCAAGCACUAAUGGCAAGCGGUCAUCAGACGGUUCGCUGAGUCAGGAGGAGGAGUUAGUUCAUGGGUUUGGGAAGGUCAGUGAGCUCAAGGAUGUGGUCGACCGUCAGUCAGCUGAUCUGGGCCAGAUGAAGGAGCGCAUGGCUGCUAUGGUUUCACGCAUCAGCGAGCUGGAGGAGGACCUGGACACGGCCCGGAAGGACCUCAUCAAGUCCGAAGACAUGAACACGCGGCAACAGAGAGACCUGAGAGAGUCAAUGGCUCAGAAGGAAGACAUGGAGGAAAGGAUCACCACCCUGGAGAAGCGCUACCUGGCAGCUCAGCGGGAAGCUACCUCCGUCCACGACCUCAACGACAAGUUGGAGAACGAAGUGGCCAACAAGGACUCCCUCUUCAGACAGACGGAGGACAGAAACCGGCAACUCCAAGAGAAGCUGGAGCUGGCUGAGCAGAAGCUGCAGCAAACCAUCCGCAAGGCAGAGACUCUGCCUGAGGUGGAAGCAGAGCUAGCUCAGAGGGUAGCUGCCCUCACAAAGGCUGAGGAACGCCAUGGCAAUGUGGAGGAAAGACUGAAGCAGCUGGAGGCCCAACUGGAGGAGAAGAACCAGGAACUGCUCAGGGCACGGCAGCGAGAAAAGAUGAACGAGGAGCACAACAAGCGUCUGUCAGAGACAGUUGACAAGCUCCUCUCAGAGUCCAACGAGAGACUCCAGCUUCACCUCAAAGAGAGGAUGUCUGCUCUAGAGGACAAGAAUGCCCUGAUAAGAGAACUGGAGCACACCAAGAAGUUGAUAGAGGAGUCUCACCACGAAAAGGAGCAGCUCCUGAUCCAGAUUGAGACUAUGAGGGCAGAGAACGAGCAGGGAAGGAGCAGGAGCAACUCCUUACUACAUGGACGGUCUCAGCUAGGCAGCACUCCAGAUUUCAGGUAUCCAGUGUCGGCUUCCUCGAUGAUGGACAGUAACUCGGACCAUUACGGUAGCGCUCUUGUGCUGAGACGGCCUCAAAAGGGACGGAUUGCAGCGCUCCGGGACGAGCCGUCCAAGCGACAUGUGCAGACUUUGAACGAGCAGGAGUGGGAGCGCAUGCAGCAGGCCAACGUGCUGGCGAAUGUGGCCCAGGCCUUUGAGAGUGACAUGGACGCCUCGGACCUGGAGGAGGAUAGAGAGACGAUAUUCAGCUCGGUGGACCUGCUGUCGCCUGGGGGCCAGGCUGAUGCACAGACCCUCGCCUUAAUGCUGCAGGAGCAGCUGGACGCUAUCAACAAUGAAAUUAGAAUGAUCCAGGAGGAGAAGGAGAGCACAGCCAUCCGGGCCGAGGAGAUUGAGUGCAGGGUGGGCAGCGGCGACAGCCUGGGAGGACGUUUCCGCUCCAUGAGCUCCAUCCCCCCGUCACUUUGUGCGGGCUCCUCGUUGGGCGACUCUCCCCCAGGCUCUGGCCACUCCACCCCCAGACGCAUUCCCCGCAGCCCCAACCGAGAAAUGGACCGCAUGGGUGUCAUGACCUUGCCUAGUGACCUGCGCAAGCACCGCAGGAAGUCUGCUCAGGAUGACAAGGCCACUAUCAGAUGUGAGACGUCACCGCCCACCACUCCGCGCUCCAUGCGCCGGAACAGGGAGGCAGGGCACGCUGCCAGCCAUGAGGACAUUAGAGACAUUCGAGGUCUGGCUGGCCUGCAGGACGGCCAGGGUAGUAACCCUAGCAGUAGUAACAGCAGCCAGGACUCCCUCAACAAAGCAGCAAAGAAGAAGAGCAUCAAGUCUUCAAUUGGACGCCUCUUUGGGAAGAAGGAGAAGGGCCGACCCAGCAUUCCCGGCAAGGACUCCCCCAGCCAAGCUGGCACUCCUGAGGCCGAGAGCUCUCCUAAGGAUGGCUUAGGAAUGGGCACCCUGGGAGGCCCUGCAGAGAAGAACAGGAAGCUGCAGAAAAAUCCAAUGACAGGGCAUGAAUUACUGGAGGAGGCUCGCAUGCAGGGCCUGCCAUUCGCCCAGUGGGACGGACCAACUGUUGUGGUUUGGCUGGAGCUGUGGGUGGGUAUGCCAGCCUGGUACGUGGCUGCAUGCCGUGCCAACGUGAAGAGCGGAGCCAUUAUGUCGGCGCUAUCGGACACAGAGAUCCAAAGGGAGAUUGGUAUCAGCAACCCGUUACAUCGUUUGAAACUUCGUCUGGCCAUCCAGGAAAUCAUGUCUCUCACCAGCCCUUCUGCCCCGCCAACAUCAAGAACGACCACAGGAAACGUUUGGGUCACACAUGAAGAAAUGGAAAGUUUGGCAGCCACACCUCCCACGGAGGAUGACGAGGGUAGCUGGGCCCAGACAUUGGCGUACGGAGACAUGAACCACGAGUGGAUUGGUAACGAGUGGCUGCCCAGCCUGGGUUUGCCGCAGUACCGCUCCUACUUCAUGGAGUCCCUGGUGGACGCCCGCAUGCUCGACCACCUCACCAAGAAAGACCUUAGGGGACAGCUCAAAAUGGUGGAUAGCUUCCACAGGAACAGUUUUCAGUGUGGAGUGAUGUGUCUGAGGAGGCUCAACUAUGACAGGAAGGAGCUGGAGAGGAGAAGAGAAGACUGUCAGCUGGAACUUCAAGAUGUGCUGGUGUGGAGUAAUGAGCGUGUGAUCAGUUGGAUUCAGGCCAUCGGGCUGAAAGAGUACAGUAGCAACCUUUACGAGAGCGGCGUCCAUGGAGCGCUGCUCGCCCUGGACGAAACCUUCGAUCACAACACCCUGGCCCUUCUGCUGCAGAUCCCCACGCAGAACACACAGGCCAGAGCGGCUCUCGAGCGUGAAUACAACAGCCUGCUGGCCAUUGGCACAGAAAGAAGAAUGGAAGAGGAUGACGAUAAGAACUUCCGCCGAGCCCCUUCAUGGAGAAAGAAGUUCAGGCCCAAAGACAUGAGGGGGAUGUCCUUGGGUGCGUCCGACACCCUGCCCGCCAACUUCCGAGUGACCGGCAGCAGCGCGGCAUCUCCCUCCACGCAGCCAAAGAGGAGCCCGAUGGACGGAAGUCAGUCUAUACAGAGGCUGGACACUGCCACAGUCAGGACCUACUCUUGUUAACAUACAACGUUUAUCCUCAUUAUUUCUAUAGGUAACCGCUGGUCAGAAGAUGAAGGGGAGUUCCCUGCGUUCAAGACCAGGAUGAUGAACUGAAAUGACUCGCAAGGACACUAAAAAGAUUUUUUUUUUGUGUGUUGUCAUCACAGAGAAAGACCUUACUCACCAGUAUCCCUAGUGGAAACCUUUUAGAUUUAUCUACAGUUGUUAUUGUAUUUAUGUAAACCCAUGGGACAUAUAAUUGAUUUUGGAAUUACUAUGUAAUCCUUCUUUUUUUUUUGCCUCAAUCCCCUUAAUCAACCCACUUUUUAAAAGAAACGUUUCUCCACUGUGCCCGUAUUAAGCUCAGCUCUCAGAUGUAUGUAACUGAAGGUUUCAAUUGUCUGGAGUUUGUAUAUUUCUACCAACAGACAUUUUAUCUAAUCUUUUUUAUAAUCCUGAUUCUAUUGACCAGAUGUAUGUUUUGUUUUUUUUCUUUUCUUUUUUCUUCUUUGAUUUAAAUUCUAAUCAUUGAAUUUAUGCGUAAGUGACUUUGACAUGUGAUAACUUAAUUCAUAUCCUUUGCCCUUUUUAACUGUUGUAAUUUUUGUAGCUUCUUGCCUGUGAUUUUGUGUAAAUGCAGCUCUUAGGUCAAUGGAUGUGUGAAUAUCAGACAAAUUGCUGGAGUUGUCGGACUGUUUCACAAACUGCUCAACACUGUGAGUCAUCCAUCACCGUUAAAAAUAACUGCUGGCAAGCCAGGUGAUGUUGACAACAGAUAUCAUGUGAAACACGCAUUAUAGUUUCCUUUUUCUCUUCUUUUAAUUUUCCAUAUCUGCAAAACCAAAAUAAAAACUCUUGAAUUUAAGAAUUUAAAGCCAUAUAACCGUAAUGGGGGAAAAAAUAAAAAUAAAAACAAGAGGGCUUAUUUCAGAUGCAAGUGAAAACAGAAUUCCAGGUUGUCUCUAGUUCACCUUGCAUGCGGAAACUUCUCCACUCAUCCCCACCCUACCACACCCAGCUCGCCCCCUUUCACAAAAAUGAACACCCACCCACCCACCCACCCCUCUCCCCUCCACUCACACCUCUGGAGAAACACACAGGCUCACUCGUACAGGAGGACUUGAAACGUACGGACGAGUCCGACGUGUGGAAACUCCUUCCAUGGACCAAGUUCACUGAGGCCUCAGUCGAUCCCCGCUGUGACUAGAUAACCCCUCAAGGCGGUGCGAUCCACCACCCACAAACCUUUUUUAAAAACACUUUGUACGAAGAUUUCAUAUCAAGCCUUAUUGUUUUCUUAACUCCUCUCUGUCGUCUGUUCUUAUUUAUUAUUACUCGCCCCCCACGUUACGUUGUGUUUCGUCAGUUUUACGUUCAGAGCUGAAGCCCCAGUGUACUGUAGCUCCUCAUGUCUAAGUGUGUCUCGUCUACGCUCCCAACACGGGUUCCACCGUUAGCUUUCAUGGCAAAUGAGAAGGAACCGAAGAGUUUUAGUUCACCCUACAUGUAGUUAAGGCUUAAAGUAGAAAUGCAUUUGUUUCUGUUUGCAAUUUAGUCAUUUUAUGCACAAUGCAAAUCAUGUCGCUGUUUUAUUCCUGCUCUUUCCAUUGAGUCUUUUGAUCUUGUAACAAUGAUGUACAGUCUGAGUACUUAUAAACUAUUUUUAUCACAAUAUUAUUUAUUGCUUACUUUCAAUAAAAUACUGAAACUCAUUUUCCACUGCAGAUAAAAAGACUAAAGCUCGUCUUCUGAGAA